AUGCAUUCAGGACCAGCGAAAUUGAUAGGAGAACCAUUGAAGAACACUAUUUUGAAAUCUCAUGGUCGUCCACCAUGGUAUGACGAGAACGGGAAACACAUCUCAGACGCCUUCGUAAUCGGUAUUGCAGGCACGUCUGGCAAGACGCAUGUGGCCCGGCAAAUACUUCGGUCGCUAGGGUGCAUACCGUCCGUCGUUAUUAUGUCCCAGGAUAGUUUCUAUAAGGAGCUUACAUCGGAGCAGCUCGAGUUGGCAUUUGCCAAUCAGUACGACUUUGAUCACCCGGACGCAAUUGAUAUGACCGAAUUUGCUUCCUGCCUGUCGGACUUGAAGAAAGGUAGACAGACGAAUAUGCCUGUAUAUUCAUUUGCAAAACAUCAACGAUUAAAGGAAAGGACGUACCUUUACGGAGCGUCCAUAAUUAUUACUGAAGGGAUCAUGACACUUCAUGAUCCUGUCCUUCGCUCCCUAUACGAUUUGAAGAUUUUCGUGAAAUGUGAUUCGGAUCUCAUGCUUGCAAGACGCAUAAAGAGAGAUAUAAAUGAGCGCGGUAGAAACAUUGAAGGCAUAUUGAGCCAGUAUCUACGAUUCGUAAAACCCGCAUAUGAUGACUUCGUUUUCCCGACGUCUCGCUAUGCAGACAUCAUUGUCCCUGGACUUGACAACUCCGUAGCAAUCGACCUAAUCACUACCCAUAUCCGUCGACAACUCGAUGAUCGGUCACGAGGCUUUCGCGAGAGUAUUGCAAGGCCUCGACCAGGCCAGAAUGGACGGCCUCGAUCCGUAUCUUCCUCCUCGACGGAAUCUAUAGCUUCACUCGAAUCGCUCAACGUGCAUGUCAUAGAGCAAACUCCGCAGAUAAAGGGAAUUUACACGAUUUUACGAGAUAAAGAUACAUCACGCGAAGAUUUUAUCUUCUUUACGGAUCGUCUAUCGAUGUUCCUUGCCGAGCAAGCUAUUUCGUUCUUGCCAUUUCGCGCAAAGACGGUAAUAACACCCACUGGAGUGCAAUCACAUGGGAAAGAGCUCGAUGCAACAAGUCUUUGUGGUGUAUCAAUCCUCCGCUCCGGAGGCCCCCUCGAAAAGGGUCUCCGCCGAGUCAUAAACGGCAUCCGCAUAGGCUCCUUACUCGUCCAAUCCGACCAAAAUACCGGCGAACCCCUCCUCUUACACGUCAUGCUCCCCGCCUGCAUCCGCGAUCGCGCCCUCGCACGAGACUCCUACGUCCUCCUUCUCGAUGCGCAAAUCGGUACGGGUGCAGCUGGGUUCAUGGCUAUCCGUACUCUCCUCGAUCAUGGUGUCCAACCCGACCAUAUUGUCUUUGUUACGUUCCUUAUUGCGAGAAAUGGAGGUGUUGCUGCGCUGCAUCGGGCGUUCCCUGAGGUGCGGAUCAUCUGUGGUGCUGUGGAUGAUGUGUUAAGUGAGCGCUGGGUCGAGGCGAGCCAGGUUCAUGAAGGCGAAGGUGAUGGUUCUGGAGAGUCGGAUGAACGUAGAAUAUGGGCUAUUGAACCUGGGAUGGGUCAGAUCGGGGAUAGGUACUACCUGUAA